AUGCGCGACCGCGUUCGUGACGUCCCCGCGCCCUCUCGCAUGUCUCUCACGCACCCGCGCUCUGUUCUAGGGGAGGCCGCUGCCCGCCAGUCUCGACGCUCUCAUGGCGCGCUCUCGCGCGGUACACCUUUGCACGCUCACUCGGGCACAAGCACCUCACGCGUCUCUCAUCCAGUCACUUCUUAG